ACACACACCAUAUGCACAAAUACCUAGAUGAUGUUGAUAAAAGUUCCAAUGAAGGAGCCUUGAAUCUAUGUUAGAGUCCGGCUCUUUCUCUAUUGACAAGAAAUACAGAAAUGAAACUGAUUGAUAACAUACAUACAUACAUCCGUAUACGAAGGUCUAUAAAUGUGUUUGUGUGGCAGGAGCAUUAGGUGCACUAUAUAAACAUACAUAUACUCUGAAAACAGCCAAAUCAUAUGCUUACUGGUACAGCUCUAUGUUUGUGUAAAGUGUCUCCCUGUAUACGUGUAUCUAAUGCAUACAUGCACAUGGAAGUUGUUGUUUGUCCUAUGUCAGCUAUGAUCGAACUGGCCGAUGAUCGGAGACAUUCCAGCCAUGAUCAUCCUGUCUUUUAGCUAGUUUAUCUCGUGUCCCUUUCUUCACUUAAGACUAGCGUAUAAAUUUUAAAAAGAUUUCUUAGCUCGAGCAACUGCGUUGCGGCUCCCUCCUCCUUCAUACAGAAGUAUUGAUGCUAGGUGGUUUAUCAUGAAUUUUCCAAAACACUGCCCUGCUACUACUACCACCACUAUUAAUGGUUGGAACAUGUAUUCUUCUUCUUCUUCUGCUACUCCUGCUGCUGCUUUUCUCGGUGUGUCGGGAGCGCUUUAUAAAUCGGCAGCUAGCCUCAUGCGACGGAGAAAGGGAUCGCCAGGUUCUGGGGAGGUUAGGGGUUAACUCUUACCUGCCUCCCUGCUAUCUUUUAAAAACACCAAUUUUUACGAUCCCUACUUCAGGUGAAAGUUGUUGACAUAUUCCGUCAGACAUAAAAAAAAAAAGAAUAUUAAGAAAAUAAUAGUAAUAAUAAUAAAUAAUUUUUAAAACCCUGGUCAUUGAAGAUACAUUUCACUCCAAGAUUCUUAUAACGCCCUUCCCCCCUACAAGGUUACCUCUUGAAUUUCAGAAAUGAUUACUCAAAGUCCUGACUGCUACCCCAGUCUAAAUAUGACGGAACGUCACCAACGUGAUGAUUUUAGUCUGUGGCCAGGAGUGCAGGCAACCAAUGCAGAGAUGUCGAACCAGAAUUCCAGUGCAGAUGUCUACAAAUGGAAAAACAGCAAUCAUCACAUGUCAACAGACUAUAUAGGGGAAGUGCCAUGGCAUACUGGGUAUCCUGACAUUCGCCCUGCCUCUGCCACCCAGAAGAUGGAUUCUCCCCCUCACAAACGUGGAGGUACCGCCCCUCGAUCACCCAGUAUACCACAUUGGGACAUACAGACAUAUCAUUCCUACAAGCCUCUGUGGAGGAAAGCAUGUGCUGGUCAAAUAGAUGAUCACUUAGGUGCAUAUGAAGACCAAUCAUAUUUCAUGAGCGGAACAAAAUGUAUGUCUAAAGAUAAUCAUGUCACAGAUAGUGUCAAUCAAGAUAAUAUGAAUCGAGUUCAAGACUUACGUCCGAAUACUCAGAGUAACGGAGGCUAUCGGACUGCCCAUGUUGGCUCAUCCACUCCAGCUGCCAAUGCACCCUUGGUGGUACCCCAGCCAGUGAAGCCCACCAAAGCUGCUAAAACCUACCAGUGCAAGAUGUGCGACCAGGUGUUUACAACCAAAUCGGACAUGCUGAUCCACUGCCAACAAAUACACAAGCAGGAUCCGAAGCCGUACAAGUGUCCCACAUGUUUGAAGUGCUUUGCCAACUCAUCAUAUUUGUCUCAGCAUGCGCGUAUCCACUCAGGCAUCAAGCCAUACCGCUGUGAGAUCUGUGAGCGUAAGUUCACUCAGCUGUCCCAUCUGCAACAACAUAUCCGCACCCACACUGGGGAGAAGCCAUAUAAAUGCUUACACCCGGGAUGUGGCAAGGCAUUCUCACAGCUCUCCAACCUGCAGUCACACUCACGCUCUCACAUGACUGACAAGCCAUACCGCUGCAAUUCCUGCUAUAAAUGUUACGCUGACGAGGCAAGUCUGCGGGAGCAUAUCCCGAAACAUUCGGACACAAAACAUUUAAAAACACACAUAUGUCGUAUAUGUGGAAAAUCCUAUACUCAAGAGACUUAUUUAACAAGACAUAUGGCCAAACAUUCACAGGACAGCUCCAAUAAAAUUUCUCCUCGUCCUGUUAUCAAGCAAGAGCCAGACCAUUCCAGUGAAGAAUAUGGAAGAUCAGAUCGACAGCCUGAUAACUCUACAGGUUCUUGUGGGAAAGUUUCUUCAGCCUUCAUGCCGAUUCCCCACCAAUUUGGCAGUCCUGUACCCAGCAGCACGACAGCUUCCACAUACCCAUAUGGCUCAAGUUUAGGAGCCAAUAGUUUAAAUUCCCCUUUGCCCCAUAUUUCAUCAAUGACUUCUCCACGUUAUUUUCCUUAUGAUCCCUUAGGAUUUCGUAAAUCUGACCCUCCAGAAAGGAAUUUGAAUGUGGGUAUGUCUUCAAGAGACAGUAUGCUUGCUAAUAGCCUGCUCAGUUUACAACAUAUAAAAAACUAUGCAUCUCAACAGAUGCCAUCAUUUACACCAACCUGUUCCGGUGGAGGUUCAAGACUAACAUGAUUCAAAAAGGCUCUUAGAAAUUUCUGUGAAAUUCUGUGAGGACUGCCAAGGCCUUGUCAUUGGAAAAAUAUGAACAAAAAUGGAAAAAAAAACAAGAAACAUUUUGAAUUACUUUAAAACUAUUAUAUAUAUGUAUGUAUGUAUAUAUAUAUAAUAUCAAAAAUACUUAAACAUGAUGAUGAGUUUGAUUGUAAAAAGAAAAUAAUGGUGUAACAACAAAAAGGUUUUUGAGAAUUAUAAACUUAAAAGAUCAAUUGUUAUAUGAGAAAGAAGUUUGGGGAUAUUUAUCUGAAAUUUAAAAACUUGCUGGCCAAAACCCCUUUAAUAUAUUUACAAUUAUUAUUAAUACUAUCAAUUCACCACUACUACUACUGUUCACAUCAAAAUCCUUAUAGGAUUUUCUAUAUUAUAAUGGAGAAAUGGCGCCGGUCUUUCAUUUAAAAAGUUUUACAAAAAGAAUUAUAAAUACAAUGCCAGAAAAAGAAAAGAUAUUGCAAACAAGCCAGAAGUUUAUCCCAGCAGCACAUGUAUGACAAGAGGAGAUGAUGAAUAAUCCUGCAUUCACAAUGUUUAAUAUUUAUUCUUCUGUGAUGACUGUUUUUUUCUUUAUUUUGUUUUUGUUUUAGUGUUGUUUUGUUACAGGUCAUCUUUUAGUUAUUUAUAUUUUUUAACAACACCGCCUGAUUUCCAACAUAUCACAGCCCAAUUCAGUGUGUCAUUUAGAAUAUAUUGUAUGUAUGUGUGAGUGUAUGUCUCUCUAAUUGAACACUAAUAGAUAUUCCAUACUUGAGUUUCAUGUACUAUUUUAGUGAAAUACUAUAUGUAUGGUCUUUCAUACAUAUUUCCACAAACAAGAAGGGUUUCAGCUAGUAGUUGAAAUGGUGUCUGGUUGGAACAUCACUUAUCAUAUCUAGCUGUUACCUCUUCAAUACACUUUCUUUAUUUCCAAGAUUCUUAAGAUGGUUCACUUUUCAAACCUGUUCAUUAUAUCAUUCACAAAAAUUAUCUCUCCCUGCAGAGGUAAAAAUAAUAAGCGUAAACAUAUGAAACAAACCUGAUAUUGCAUUUAAAACUAAUUUUCAUUUCUUCUUUUUAUAAAUUAAAGGUGGUUUUUAAAUUUUCAUCCUUUAAAAUUUAACUUAGAGAUUAAAUUUUUGUUUUGAAAAUCAGUUUUGUUUCAGACACUUAAUUUUCCAAUAUAAAUUUUUGAUGCUUGUUUCAUCAAUUGUUUAUAAUUUGAAAUCUUGAACAAAAAGGUCAAGAAAUAUAAGCAGAAAAUAUCUAUCUGAAAUUAUUAUUCUCACACUAGAGACUUAAGAUAUUUACUUUAAAAGGUGGUUCAGGUUUGAUAAAGCUUAUCAUUCAUUAAACCUUUCAUGCCUUUAGGAGAGGAGCAGACAAUGGAGAGAAUGUUCUGGUCCUGAAAUCACCAAUAUUUUAUCUGAGAAAAAUUUGAAGCUAUCAUUUUUUUUUUUCACCUCUUCCAAUUUUGAAUAUGGGAAAGAUAAAAUUUUCCAAAGAAAAUUAAGAAUUUGAUUGAUAUUUUUUUUAAUUUGCAGUAUUUAUUAAAUGAGGCGUUGAUAAGUUGUUGGUCAGAUUUUAUAAAGUAACCAAGCCAAAUACUGUUUCCAGCAUUUUUCAUUGGAUUUUAUAGUAUUUUGAUAGGAAUGAGAAAACAUUCAUUUUAGUUUUAUUUUCCACAUCUACACAGAGAAUAUUUCAUUCAUAUCUUUGAACAAACAAAAUGAAACUAAAACUAGUUCUAAAAUAAUAUUCUUUCUACUCUAGGCACAAAGCCUGGUUCUAAAACAUUAAAAUCAUUUCAAUAAUAAUUUAUUAGUAUAAGGAAAUGGAUAAGUUUGUUGCUUUCAAGAAACUACAAACCACAAAAAAAGAUGAUCUAAAUCUGAUGCAAUUAUAGAAAUGAUUCACAUCAAAGCAUAUUUUGGUUUUAGAAAAUAAUUAUUAAAAUAUUUGCAAGUAAGCUGAAAUGUAAAAUGUGAUGCUAAUUUUGAGAUUGCCUGGGACCAGUUCAGAUUUUUUAAAGUGAUAUUCACUUUUCCAAAAAUGUCUUUUUACUUUUAACACAGGUUUUAAUUUAGAUUAUACAAUAAACAUAUUUACAGCUUACUUUUUGUUUGUAUUAGACUAUUAUAAAAUUAAUUAGUAUGAUAUGAAAAUAUUGCUUUAAAACCAUUACAAUUAAAAUUGAUUAGUUUUGCAUUCUGAGUUAGUGUGAGUCCAUACUAAUAAGAAUUCAAAUUAAUUUCAAGCUUAUUUGUACUAUUUCAGAGUUUAAAUCUGAUUUAGAUAUUAAUAAAUUAACUAGAAUUUUGAAUAAAAUAAAUUACUUUCAUGCAUUAGAAUAUUCACAUUUUACAAAGGAUACAAAUUUACAUUUGGCAGAAUAAUGAUGGAUGCAGAAUUUUGUGAUUCAGUGUGAGGAUAAUACUCAAUACUUUUCAGUUGUUGUCAAUGUAAUAUUAUUUAACUUAUGCUUGUGUCAUCUACUUAAAUUUUUUUAUUAAUUUAGAGAUAUCUAAGAAGUUUUUCUAUGUUAAACCUAGAAUGUUAAGCCUAAAAUGGAAGCUGCUCUGUUUUUCAUAAAUCUAAUUUCUUUUUGUGUGUUAUUCACUAUUUCAUUUUUUAUUGUAUUUAAAUGUUAUGGUAACAUUUUACUCUUAACAUAAUGUAAAUACUUUUCAUAUCUUUAUAAUAAUGAUUUAAAAGCCCAAUAAAAAUUACCAUACAAAUUGUAUGUUUAUUAAUUACUUAGUGUCUUAAUUAAAAGAGUUCCUAAAUAUUCUAUACUCAUGAUAGAAUAUAGUAAUAUUGUCUUCAUUCACUCAGUUUUCAUUCCAUCAUUAUUGAUAUCCACCUCUUGUAAAUAAAGUCUGCCAAAUUUCUGGUAGAUAUCUCAUAUGCUUUGUAGCAAAUAUUUUGAUUUACAAGACAUAUCAGGUCUUUUGUAUCAACAAUAGUAACAAUAACCAUUACUCACUCAGGUGGUUAUUGCUCAUCACAAAUUGACUAAAUAUUGUAUUUGGUUUACUUUUCUUAAACUCUUAAAACAUUAAUUAUCAGUUUAAAACUCUACAAAGACAACUAAAUUUACCACUAUAGUUUUAAAACUUUUUGAUUUACGUAUUAAAUUCUAUAAUGGUCAAGGUUAAAAUUAAGAAUAAUUUAACAUUUUUUUUAAAUUUAAGAAUUGUUUAUUUUGGUUACUUUGUAGUUAGGUCCUUUAUGGUUGUAAUUCCACUUAUAGACAUUAAAUGUUAGAUAUUUAGUUUAAUAAUUGCAUGAGAAGCAAAGCAGUUUAUAUUCACAGUUUGUUUUAAAAUAUAGGGCCAGUUGUUAAUUAUGAAAACAUUAGCAAUUAUUAUAUUACCAUAUUAUUUCAUAUAAGAAUGAAAAUACAACUCUAUUAUCACUGCCACUUCACUUCUUUUUAGUUAGAAUUAUUAUUAUAUCUUCAUUGAAAUAAGCCCAAGUUCAAUGACCUAUAAAAUCUGACCAUAAACAUUAUUAAUAUAAGCCCUUGCAUGAAAGAUUUUAAUGCAUAGAUAAGAAUGUGUGUGUGUGGGUAUUUGUGCAUAUGCACAUACAUAUUGUAUAUACCUAUCUAUACACACAUUUUUAAGAAAACAUUUAUUUUCCUGGAUAAAUGAGUAUCAUGUUGAUAUACAUUCACAUAUGUAUUCAAUUUCAUGUAAACUCAGAUAGAAGCUAAAACUGAAGGACCAUUUAUGAACCAAACUGCUCACAUGAAAACAAUUGAUAUAAAUGCUUGUGUGUUUGUGUGUUACUUAUUUAUUUUUUCAUUGCACUGAUCCCCAUUGUAUGCUGAGAGUGUAAACUUUCUAAUGUUGAAUGCUAGGUAAGUUAGUUAUUCACUUCAUCAUUAUUGCCACAGCACCCUGUUUCUAUGUGUACAAGAUGGUACUUGGUAAUAUGAAAUAUGUUUAGAGUCUUGCAGGUGCUGCUGCUGGCUAAACAUUAAGCAGCUAGUAAGUAGUAAGUAACCACCACCAUCAUUAUAAUCAUCAUCAUCAUAAUCAUCAUCAUUCUCAUCAUCAUCGUCAUCAUUGUCAUCAUUCUCAUCUUCAUUUCACAAUCUAACAGACAGCUCAACGACUGACCACCACCAGGUAUAACAACUCAAUCGAAACAAGUUAUUCAUAAUCACAGUGUUGUUAUCCUGCAUUUGGUUUUCAUGACAAAUGUCUACAUUGUACAUCUAAUGAUACAUCUUUGUAUCACACUGUUUUACUGUCAUAUUUAUUGUGUACAAAUUGUUGUUUUAUACUAGUUAUCUGUGUACAUUUGGUAGGUAUUCUUGCUACAACCUUCAACUGUUGAGCUCUAGAUGUUUAUGUUGGGACUACUGGAAUGUCAUUAUUUUUUUUAAUUAUUUACUACUUUUGUUUUCUAACACCCACCCAACACACACACACACACACACACACACGCACACACACACACACACACACACUUAGCCAAUUUCCAUUCAAACCAUAUAUGGGACAAGAUCUCUAGGUGGAUCUACCUAGUGCCCAAUGUUCUUGAUUAAGCCACCAUUACCAUACUCACAAGUGGCAGUCCUAUUUGUAUGACCAAUGUUUUAAAUAUAGCUGUAAAACAUGUCUUUUAGCCACCUAUCCUAAUACAUAUUUGUCAUGGUAACAACACCAGAGAGAGUGAAUAAACUUGAUUGCUGCUUAGUUGGACUAAAUACCUCACAUCCAUAGUAUUAUAUAUAUUAUGGUUCUCUCUCAAACAGUGAUUUGCUUAAUCUCUGGAUAGUCUUGAAAUACCAUAAUUAAUUAGUACUAACUUUCAAAAGGUAUGUACUUUACUUAUAUUAGUUUAAAAAUAAAAUAAGCUGAAUAACUAAGAUUUUAUUGUUUCCUUAGUUGUAUCGUUUGACAUAACAGAUCAGUCUCUCUGGUGUAACACAUGCACUAAAGCUUUUUAGACAUUAUACAGAUGAUCCUAGAUUAUAAGGUCAGUAGAUAAAUUGGUCAGAAGUACUGAUUAUGACUUAUUUUAUCUAUGUCUUCUAAUUUAAAGUUCUUUUUGGAAGGUCAAGUAAAUAUAUUCAAAAGGGACAAUAACUUUUCUAAAACAUUAACUUGCCGAAUUUUCUGCUGUUUAAAGAACUAUAAAAAUUCAGAUUGAAUCCCACUCUGCCGAUGCAGAGUUAUUCUAAACUGCUGUAAAUUUGAUUGAGCCUCUAGGAUAAUUUAUGUUGUUUUUAUUCAUCAAAGUUUUACAUCCUUUCUUCUCCCUCCUUGCAAUCAAUCUUUUUUGACUAUUUUUCAUUGUCCCUCCACCUUCCUACUUUCUUUGGGAAUAGCUAAAUGUCUUUUAAUCUCAAAGUACUGAAACGCCUGUUUGAAAAUCCUUUGUUGUCUGAACUUUAUGAACCCCUGAAUAAUGUGACAAAUAGUAAGCUCUUUACACAACACAACCAUUUAAGUUAUAUUGUAGUUCUACCAACAAAUAAAAUAUUUUAAAAGUCUAGUAAAUUUCUUUUAUGGUAAUUAUUUUAUCUAAUCUAAAAUUCAAAAAGUCCCAUCUUAUAUCUGGCUGGGAAUCAAGCUCAGCAUUUCUCUCCUCUCUAUGAGGCAGCAAAAUGAAAAAAAAGAAAAACCAAAGAAGCAACCAUCCUUAAUGUUUUCUUUUUUUUUCUUCCUUUUUUUAAAACAAAAAUCUGGUUGUUAUACUGAUGUGUGCAUAUAUAGAAACUGUAACAAUCUGCCAAGUCCUGUGCUAAAAUAUUUCUUAUGAAAUAAAUGUAUAAUUACUGACAUAAAUUUUUGAAAAUUG